AGUUUCCUAAGCUCUUUCUGUUUAGCCCCUUCCCACCUAAAGGAGAAAAGAGCUUCACGUACGUACACCAACAAUGGCACUUCUAACUGCUCUUCACAUGGCCUCUGUCUUUGGCAUUCUAGGCAACAUCGUCUCAUUUAUGGUGUUCUUGGCACCAGUGCCAACAUUCUACAAGAUAUACAAGAAGAAAUCAACACAAGGAUUCCAGGCCAUACCCUAUUCAGUUGCACUUUUCAGUGCCGUGCUGCUUUUGUACUACGCAUUUCUAAAGAAGAGCAAUGGGCUUAUGAUAAUUACUAUCAACUCCAUUGGAUGUGCCAUUGAAGCCACCUAUCUCACUAUCUUCAUCAUCUAUGCAACAAAGGAGUCCAAGAUAUAUACGACGAAGCUGCUACUAUUGUUCAACGUAGGAGCAUGCGGUUUGAUCAUGCUCGGCACAUCCCUCUUCUCGAAAGGGGAUACGAGAAUCUCAGUCGUCGGUUGGAUUUGUGCAGUUUUUUCUGUCUGCACUUUUGUUGCCCCUCUUAGCAUCAUGAGACUGGUCAUAAAGACUAAGAGCGUCGAGUACAUGCCAUUCGCGCUCUCGUUUUUCCUCACGCUCUGCGCUGUCAUGUGGUUCUUUUACGGCUUUUUGAUACACGACUAUUUCAUUGCAACGCCGAACAUUCUCGGAUUUACCUUUGGAGUUGUACAAAUGGUGUUAUACCUUAUCUACAACAAGAAAACACAGGCUUUGCCGGAAACUAAGGUGCUGGACUUGACCAUUGCAAUGGAGAUGAAGGUGGAAUUCAAUGAAAAACAAAACGGAGAAGACAAGGCAAUAUUAGACUUGAGUGCCAUAAUAUUGGAAAUAGAGGAACUCAAGGAAAAGCAAAACGGAGAAGACAAAGGAAAUAAGCCGAUCGAACAGAGCGAAUCAAACGUGUGAUAAAAAAAAAAAAAAGGGAUACAAGGCAUGGGGUUCGAUUAAAAAGUGAUCAAAACCAGUUUGCAAACUGAUGGGGAAACAAGAAACCAAGAGGCUUGUAUUUGCAAUUGAAUUGUGAAGAAAGAGAUAGCUAGGGGGGUUAUUGGGUUAAUAAUAAAAAUUGUUGUACUGCUUUUAAUAUUUUUUGUUUUUGCUUUUGUUUUUUCCUGAUUAGGAAAAAAAAGAAUUGUUUCAAUGGUGGCUUGGAAAGUGUAAAAGGCCAAAAAUGCGAAUGGUAACUGAAUAAUACUACUGAGUGAAGAUACCGUCUCUGCUUGUUAAUUUGAAAAUAACAUAUAUAAUAGACAAAAUUAUAUUUAGUGAUCUUAAAAGUA